CCGAGCCAGGCGGAGCUGGAGCUGGGAGCGACGUCGUUCCUCGCCGCCGCCGCCUCUCCCCGCUGACUGAGGGCACCGGCGCUGCCCGGGGGGGACUCGUUCUCCGGCCGCCGCCCGACGCCUCAUCCCGCCUGUGCCGCCUGUGCCGGAGCCGGCACUGCCCGCGGAGCAGCCAUGAGCUGGGGCACGGAGCUGUGGGAUCAGUUCGAUAACUUGGACAAGCAUACACAGUGGGGCAUUGACUUCUUGGAGAAAUAUGCAAAAUUUGUGAAAGAAAGGAUAGAAAUUGAGCAAAACUAUGCAAAACAACUGAGGAAUCUGGUUAAGAAGUACUGUCCUAAACGUUCACCAAAAGAUGAGGAACCCAGGUUUACUUCGUGUAUUGCUUUUUUUAACAUCCUCAAUGAGCUGAAUGACUAUGCAGGACAACGAGAAGUAGUUGCAGAAGAGAUGGGACACAGAGUGUAUGGAGAAUUGAUGAGAUAUUCUCAUGAUCUAAAAACUGAGAGAAAAAUGCAUCUUCAGGAAGGGCGAAAGGCUCAGCAGUAUCUGGACAUGUGCUGGAAACAGAUGGAUAAUAGCAAAAAGAAAUUUGAGAGAGAAUGCAGAGAGGCAGAGAAGGCCCAGCAAAGCUAUGAACGACUGGACAAUGACACUAACGCGACAAAGGCUGAUGUUGAGAAGGCCAAGCAACAGUUAAACCUGCGCACACAUAUGGCUGAUGAAAACAAAAAUGAAUAUGCUGCACAACUACAGAACUUUAACGGGGAACAGCACAAACACUACUACAUUGUCAUUCCUCAGAUUUAUAAGCAACUUCAAGAAAUGGAUGAAAGAAGGACUAUCAAACUUAGUGAAUGUUACAAAGGCUUUGCUGACUCUGAGCGCAAAGUUAUUCCAAUAAUCUCUAAAUGUUUAGAAGGGAUGAUCCUUGCAGCCAAGUCAGUCGAUGAACACAGAGACUCUCAACUAGUGAUAGACUGCUUCAAAUCUGGUUUUGAACCUCCUGGAGAUUUUCCAUUUGAAGACUACAGUCAGAAUAUUUACAGAACUAUCUCUGAUGGAACCAUCAGUACACCAAAGCAGGAAGGAAUGAGAAUUGAUUCAAAAACUACAGUUGGCAAGGCUAAAGGAAAGCUGUGGCUGUUUGGAAAGAAACCAAAGCCACAAUCCCCACCCCUAACCCCUACUAGUUUAUACACAUCCAGUACUCCUAAUGGGUCCCAGUAUCCCAUAUUCUCCAUUGAACCAGUGCAUUAUUGCAUGAGUGACAUAAAAACAGGGAAGCCCAGAAUUCCUUCUUUCAGAAGCCUCAAAAGAGGGUGGUCGGUGAAGAUGGGCCCUGCACUAGAAGACUUCAGCCAUCUCCCUCCAGAACAAAGGCGCAAGAAACUGCAGCAGAGGAUUGAUGAGCUUAACAGAGAGCUACAGAAAGAAACAGACCAAAAAGAUGCCCUCAUCAAGAUGAAGGAUGUUUAUGAGAAGAAUCCCCAAAUGGGUGAUCCAAGCAGUUUGCAACCAAAAUUAACUGAGACUAUGAGCAACAUGGACCGUCUUCGGAUGGAAAUACACAAGAAUGAGGCCUGGCUCUCUGAAGUUGAAGGCAAAGUGGCAGCCAGAAGUGACAGACGGCACAGCAGCGAUAUCAACCACCUUGUAACACAGGGCCGAGAGAGCCCUGAAGGGAGCUACACGGAUGAUGCCAAUCAGGAAGUUCGCAGCCCACCACAGCAGCACGCUCAUCCGAAUGAGUUUGACGAUGAGUUUGAAGAUGAUGAUCCAUUGCCAGCUAUAGGACAUUGCAAGGCUAUAUAUCCAUUUGAUGGUCAUAAUGAAGGCACUCUAGCAAUGAAAGAAGGGGAAAUUUUGUACAUUAUUGAGGAGGACAAAGGAGAUGGGUGGACAAGAGCUCGAAGACAUAAUGGAGAGGAAGGCUAUGUGCCCACAUCAUAUAUAGAUGUAACGCUAGAGAAAAACAGCAAAGGUUCCUGAAGCGGGUUUCUGAGAAAAUGGGCGAGAUCUUGAAGGAGGUUACAUGCAGCUGCUGGGGGGGAGGGGGGGGGAGGGGAGGGGUACUAGACUGGGAGGCCCAAGGGUAAAAGCUAGUUGCAUGACUGCAUGCAGACAUACAUUUAGUCACUAACAUCUUAGCAUCUCCAUAUAUAGGUAAGGAUGUAUUACAGAAUCUUCAAUUCGUGCAGGAAAAUAGAGUUCCAUUACCAGAGUAAAAAGGCUACUGCUCCUAAAAUUGCUUUAUUUUCAUUGUCCUAGGUUGUCCCAGGUGCACAAACUAUAUUUUAGCUUGUGCGAUGUUUUGAUUUCUCAAUUACGCUCUUUUCCAACUCAUUUUAAUUGGCAGCCAUUUAGAACCAUGUCAGUUUUCAGUCUGCCUGUGCCACCUCCAUGCUCGCCGUUAACCUCCUCCUGCAUGCCUAGGACAGUCAGGCAUGUUCUGUGUAACACUUUGCCAUCACUGCUUGUCUUAUUUUGUAACAAAUCAUUUUCUUUAAAUAUCUUCAGCACUAGAGUUUCAUCCCAGUAUCCAUGUAUGCUGCUAUAACAAUACCACUGCAACCAUCAUUACAUUCCAGAUUUUUGGCAUAACUGAUAAGAGACCGUAAUGUAUUUUGUUAAUUUGGGGAACUAAUACAUCUCAGCUCUAGCCUACAAUGCAAUCAAGAGAAACUCCUAGACCUGUGGUCCAUCUUCAGCCCUUCAGUAACCUGUGAGCACUGAAAACCUGGAACACAACCAGAGGAUUCACCACUGCGAGCUAAUGACUGUUUUCAGAAGUCAACCACUUGCCAUUCAAAUGCUGCCUUAAACUAGAGUGCCUAAAAUCUGCUGUUUGCCAACACUACCACUUACAGUAUCCCACAAGGGCUUUGUGUCUCAGCUCUUUCCACAGUGCUGCAGCUGCUGAGGUAGCCACGGUAGGUGUUUUCUAGAGCUCUACUUUACUGGAUACAUGGUGCAUCGUGAAUUUUAUACAUUGAAAUGUGUAUCUCAUGAAUUUUAUACAUUGAAAUGUGUAUCUCUUCAUUUGACUUUAAUAUUUUUUUAAAAGAUUUUUAUGGAAACUGUCUUUUAGUUUUUCACUAUGAAGUUCCAAGUUGAAUUACUGCAGUGCUAGUCCAUUUCCAGGUGAUGAUGCUUCAUUGUACGGACCAGUUGAAAUUUGAGUGAUACUUCGUUAAUGAUCUAUGUGCACUUUUACUUGUAAACAAUUGAAAUUUGGAUAUGUUUAUACGUGUAAAUAUAGUUGUCUGCAGUGCCCCUAUUGCUUAUGUUGUCUUGCCUCCCAUUUGUGGUUCUAUUAAUACAUACAUCAUAUCUGAUUGAUUAAGGUGAUAAGAAUUAGACUAGAGAUGUUGGGGGGAGGGAUACUUGUAUCAAAGAAAGCUUGUCAACCCAGCCACCUGCUGUUCAGCAGCAUAUUAUGAAAUAAUAAUUAAAACAUCCUGUUUUUCUGGGGUCUGAAGCAAUAUUUGGAUGCAGCAGUGCUGGAUUCUGUUUCAUUUCAGUGUUAUUAGAAACUGUACUACCAGUAAAACUGAAUUUGAGUGACUUGUGUAGAGGUUUAUUCCUUUUGUUAUGUAUACCACUAUUACACAGCUUGACCUAGUGUACUAUGGGGCCUAUUAAACUCUAAAGUUUAGAUUUUUGGAGCUUGUAUACAGGGUUAUUUAUAUAAUAAUGUGACAUUACUCAAUACUGACAAAACUACUUAGGUAGUUUUUUGGGUUUGGGGUUUUUGGGGGGUUUGUUGGGCUCGGGGUUGGGUUUUUUUUGUUUGUUUUUCUUUUUUUUAAAUCUAGUGCUUUUUUAUUUUAAAGUUAGAGAAAACAUGAUGAUCCUUGUGGGUCCCUUCCAACUCAGAAUAUUCUGUGAUUCUGUAAUUCUGUGAAAAGGAGGAAAUGUGAUCUGUGUAUUUUCUGCUAAAGGGCCUGUGGUCUGCCUGGCUAACAGCCUUGCAGGUCAGUAAUAACGCUUCCUGGUAAAGGACUAAAUGUUCUCUUCACGCUACUGUUUGUUUUCCUAAAACCAGGAUUUGCUUCCUUUGGAGGCAGGUUGCUUUCAAGAUGGAUAGUGCAACUUGUGUGAGGGUUAUUAAACAUAGGAAAAAACAUUUGUACUUGCACAGCUAGUUAUAAAUCACUUAUUCUAAAAUUCUGAAUGUGAGUUGUCUUAAAGAAUCUGACAUUUUCCAGUAAUUUUUUAAUCCUUUUUUGUGCACACAUUGAUUUCCUAAAUGUUAAAUGCUUUGUUUAAAAAUAGUGUUCUCUGUUGAGAAUAUUUUCAUGGAAUAAAAAAAUCUUUUCAUGGUCUAAGUAA